AUGAACGUCCUCAAGCUACAGAGGAAGUAUCCUCAGUUCCAGCAGAACGAGAUCUUUCAGCUCUCCGACGCCUUCCAGCGGCUAGACGUUGAGGACCGAGGCUACCUCGACGAAGCAACUGCAAUCAAGGCCACCCAGCAGAGUGAAAAUCAGCCAUAUGAUGUUGUUCGACAAGCCCUCAAGGAGGUUGACCUGGAUUCGUCGCGGCGAGUGGAGUUGGAGGACUAUGUCGGCCUCAUCGCCAAGCUGCGCGCCGGGUCAGUCGCCCAAAAGCGCCUCUCUACAGGCCCUGGCCCGGCACAGCCCGGGCCUGGACCUGUCCAAGGCCAUGCAUCCAAGGGCAGCGUGAGUGGCAAGAUUCAAGUGCAAGGAUCCAAUGCGAACACCACACAUACAAUCAACGAAGAUGAGAGAACCGAAUUCACACGCCAUAUCAACGCGGUAUUGGCUGGUGACCCGGACAUUGGAAGCCGGCUCCCGUUCCCGACAGACACAUUUGAGAUGUUUGACGAGUGUAAAGACGGAUUGGUCCUUGCAAAGCUCAUCAACGAUAGUGUUCCCGACACGAUCGAUGAGCGAGUGUUGAACAUGCCUGGACGAAAAACCAAAACCCUCAACGCCUUCCAGAUGAGCGAGAACAACAACAUCGUCAUUGAGUCAUGCAAGGGUAUUGGCUGCUCUGUUGUCAACAUUGGAGCUGGGGACAUCAUCGAAGUUCGCGAGCACUUGAUCCUGGGUCUCAUUUGGCAAAUCAUUCGACGAGGUCUGUUGGGCAAAAUUGAUAUCAAGCUGCACCCUGAGCUCUACCGGCUGCUUGAAGACGACGAAACUCUGGAACAGUUCUUGCGAUUGCCCCCUGAACAGAUCCUGCUACGCUGGUUCAACUACCACCUGAAAGCCGCUAAUUGGCCCCGAAGGGUCACAAACUUCUCUAGCGACGUGAAGGACAGCGAGAACUAUGCUGUCCUGCUCGCGCAGAUAGGAGCAGAAUACGGCUGCACGCGGGCUCCUUUACAAACCAGAGAUCUUUUGCAGAGAGCUGAGGAGGUCUUGCAAGAAGCGGAUAAGCUGGGCUGCCGCAAGUUCCUGACACCCUCAUCGUUGGUUGCGGGAAACCCGAAGCUCAACCUGGCCUUUGUCGCCAACCUAUUCAACAACCACCCCGCACUUGAUCCUAUCACGGAAGAGGAGAAGCUGCAGGUUGAAGAUUUCGAUGCAGAGGGAGAACGCGAGGCAAGAGUCUUUACCCUGUGGCUUAACAGCUUGGAUGUGCAGCCAGCUGUCGUGUCUUUCUUUGAUGACCUCAGAGACGGCUCAAUCCUUCUACAAGCCUACGACAAGGUUAUAAAGGGGUCUGUGAACUGGCGCCACGUCAACAAGGCUCCCGCACAUGGAGGCGAAAUGCUCAGGUUUAAGGCCGUCGAGAAUACGAACUAUGCCAUAGAGCUCGGCAAACAGAAUGGCUUCUCCCUUGUGGGCAUCCAGGGUGCAGACAUCACUGACGGCCAGAGGACUCUGACGCUUGGACUGGUAUGGCAACUCAUGCGAAAGGACAUCACUCUGACGUUGUCCUCGUUGGCUCAGAACCUCGGGAAGAGAGAGAUUACCGACGCCGAAAUGGUCAGGUGGGCGAACGAAAUGUCAAAGAAGGGCGGCCGCAAUUCUUCCAUCCGAUCCUUCAAGGAUCCGGCGAUUGGUUCCGGCAUCUUCCUGUUGGAUGUUUUGAAUGGCAUGAAGAGCAGCUACGUGGAUUAUGACCUCGUGACGCCAGGUCGGACAGAAGAAGAGGCAUAUAUGAAUGCGAAACUGAGCAUCAGCAUCGCCCGCAAGCUUGGCGCCACCAUAUGGCUUGUCCCGGAGGACAUUUGCCAAGUUCGCAGUCGCUUGGUCACUACUUUCAUCGGAUCUCUGAUGGCGGCUCAUGGCAAGGCGUAG